AUGAACCCCUUCUCGUCGUCUAAUUCGAGCGCGGACAAGUUUGGAAGCAGCCCGACGAGUACGCGGAGUGGAGAUAGCACGGGCAACUCGGACGGCAAGAAGACGAAGAAGAAGUCCAGCGACGAUGAGGUCAUAAACUCGGCCGGUGAGGCUGCGGGUCAGCCAACGUCGACGAGUACAUUCAGAGUUGGUGUGGCAGAAGACAAGAACAGAAAGUGCAGGCGAACGAUGGAGGAUACACACGCAUACAUUUACGACUAUGCUUCCGUCCCAGAUCAGGGCUACUUUGCCAUCUUUGACGGUCACGCCGGUAAACAAGCCGCCGACUGGUGUGGCAGCAACUUCCACAAAGUUCUCGCUGAUAUGAUCGCACAAAAUCAAUCCACCCCUAUCCCGGACCUUCUAGAUAGAACAUUCACAAGCGUCGACAAAAGCCUCGAAAAGAUCUGCAAAAACAGUGGCUGUACGGCCGUCACCGCUCUCCUCCGAUGGGAAGACAGAAUCAUGCGACGACCCUCAAAUCCCGCCGGCAGGGGAAACACCGCAAGUCCUGUUCCCAUCGACGAAUUAACCGAGAAGGUGGCUGCACGGGAAGCAGUGAACAACCCCAGCCUCACUGUUGGCUCAACCGAAGAAGCACCAAGACCCGAACGCCGUCGUGUCCUCUACACCGCAAACGCCGGAGACGCCCGCGUCGUCCUCGCCCGCGGCGGUCAAGCUCUCCGCCUCUCCUACGACCACAAAGGCUCCGACCUCUACGAAUCCAAACGAGUCUCCGACGCGGGCGGCCUAAUGCUAAACAACCGCGUCAACGGCGUCCUAGCCGUAACCCGUGCCCUCGGGGACUCCUACCUCAAAGAUCUGGUCACGGGACAUCCCUAUACCACCGAAACGGUCCUGAUAGCAAGGGAGGAUGAGUUCAUUAUUUUAGCGUGUGAUGGGUUGUGGGAUGUUUGUAGUGAUCAGGAAGCGGUUGAGUUGGUUCGCGGAGUUCCUGAUCCGCAGGAGGCGAGUCGGGUGUUGGUUGAGCAUGCGUUGAGUCGGUUUAGUACUGAUAACCUCAGUUGCAUGGUCGUGAGAUUGAAUUGGGUGGAACCUCAGGCGUCGGCGUUGUCGCCGGCAGCGGAGCAGCCGCAGCCGCAGCCGCUGGUACAGGGUGAGCAGGCCGCAGUCGUACCGCAACAGCUGAAUCAAGCUCAGCCUCCUCGGCAAGGUGGUACUUUGACGCAGCAGUUGGUGGAAGAGUCUGAGAGGUUGUCAGCUCAGGUUCCCGAAAAUGGGCCUGCGCUUGUCACUGGGCCUGCCAGUAAAGCAUAG